CGCGCACGUGAAGCUCCAUCGCCCAAAAUGGGGUUCUCCAUCUGAUCGCAUCGCAUCUGCAAGCAAACAAUGACUGGUCUCACGAGGCUAGAUCCCGCUACGUUCCGAGUCAAUGUCGGCACUACUCUACACGCCCGAUCCUGCCAUUAAUAGCACAUUCGUGGUGCAGCUUUCGCAGCGCGACUUGUCCCUGCGUGUGCCGGUCAACUUUGUCACGCAUCCGGGUGUUGCUCUUUCCGCCGCGUGUUUCGGGAACAGACGCUACGAGGAGUCGACUGCUGCGAAAUGCCUUUCUAACCUGCUUGUGUCUGGCUUUCGUCGGAUAGAGGCUGAUGUAUACUGGGAUGCGAGCAGAUCGACGUGGAGUCUAUGCCCGGUUGAGCUGGGAGGCAGUGACGAGUCGCUUACUUCUUCCACUAGCUUGGCAGCCACCACCUCUGCGGGAUUGUCCCGAAGACUCGUUGCUGGGGAUGAUGGCCCCGGAAGAGAUGUACCAUUGUUGCUUCAGCAAAGACAGAACGAUGAGGCACUGAAUCCGUCCCCUCCACCUGCGACGACCGUGACAGCAUCCGACAGCAUAUCGGCCACGGCUACGCUGCUCGCCAAUCCGACUUCGUCUUCGAUAAGUGGUAAUGUUGAGCCGACAGACGCAGAUGUAGGAGAUGGAACACUCAUACAAGCUGGUUCCUACUCCUGCACAACCUCUACAGACUUUGCUCUUCUUGUCAGCAUCAUUUCUGCGCACAUUGUCAAUACAGACACUAAUAUCGGCGCGACAACCCUGUUCCUUACACUCAAUGUGCACGCUGCUGCAUCGGCUUCGAAUCCUGACGGCCCUGCUGAACAGCCUGAGGACGAUAAUCUGCCCGAGGGCGGGUCCCUGCUAAGCUCCAUUAUCAACAGCAAUGUGUCUUCAUACAUAUAUUCCCCUCGGGAGCUGCUCAAUCAGCGAAAUGAUCUAAACACGAGUUCGUGGUUCACAACACCUGGAGUUUCAGAGCCAAUCUCGGAGUAUUUCCGCGUUGAAGAAAGAGGCAAUACUCCAUACACUCCUGAUGGCUGGCCUGGCGAGAACUAUCUUGAGGUGCCUGGCUAUUCGAAGCGCUUGCUUGUAGGCUUCGGCACUGUCGACCCUCAAAUGUCUAACUACAACUUCACUGGAGACAGUUCUACGAUAUUUCCCGCCCAGUAUCUGGAAUCUAAUCGUAAUGUCACAUUCACCAGCGGAGGUACUGUGGCUACGGGCUGUUUCUACAAUCCUGAGCAGACCGUCCUAGCUGAAGCAAAUUCAUCCUUCGUAUUGUCGACCGUGGGCAGCGGUGAAACAGUGCCGUCCGACCAGUUAUACACAUACUUCGAGAGAGCACGAAAUCUCACCAGAUGCGGCAUCUCUCCGAUUCUCAAUGCCACUCUGGGAAAUUCUUCUGCCGACCGCGAGUUCCGGCCUUAUCAAGAAUUCGCAAAUAACACGGUCUGGUCGUGGGGCCCAGGCGAGCCAGUAAAUUCCACUGGCGAGGAUAUCAAUGAUUUCAGCUGUGCCGCACUCAAUGCCACAUCCGGCACAUGGAGAGCCUCGGACUGUAGUGAGUCCCGGUAUGGCGCGUGUCGCGUUGGGAAUGAACGAUACGCCUGGCAAGUGAGCGAUUCCGCCGCUCCAUACGAGCGAGUGGAACUGGCAUGCAAAGAGGACCACAACUUUGAUGCUCCUCGUACUGCGCUCGAGAAUGAGUAUUUGCUUUCAACAUGGCGGAGGUAUCGCGCAGAACCUGAUAGCGAUGUUGUGGGCGAGCUCCUUUGGCUAAACUUCAACGCUCUCGACGUGAAAGCUUGCUGGGUCAUCGGACAAAAUAUGACUUGUCCUUAUGAUGGCCCUCAAGAAGAACAGUCGCGGAGAAUUGUCGUGCCUGUAGUUGGAGGCGUCAUCGUCUUCGUGCUUACGGGGUUGACUAUAUUGAUCAAGUGCGCUGGAAAAAGGCAAACAUCGAAGCGGCGACGAAGACGUGGCGAUGAUGGCUGGGACUACGAGGGCGUGCCAUCGUGAUGUGUACGCGAGGUGAGCGAUUCAACGAGCUAUUCCUACAUAGACGCAACUGGACUCUGGAGCAGAGGACCUGGCAGACGUACAAACAGACAUAUCAGCG